CGCGCUUGCCUAAGUCGCGGCAGCUCUGAGCGCAGUGGUGCGCGCCGGGAGGCGUGGCCGGGAGAGCAUUCAUAACGGGAAAGGUCAGGAGGGUUGGUGCCCUGGUGGACUGUAAGGGGCGGGGCCUGCAGGGAGUGGAGGAAUUAAAUGAAAUUGGGCGGGCCUUCAAUAAACCUUUAGAGGCUAGGGCUUAGUGGGCAAGGCCUUAAAGAGUGCUGACUGUGUGGUCACGGUCUUUUGGCGAUGAGUGGAGCUGGUACUGAGUAGGCGGGGCCAUUAUGGGGCGGAGCCUGGCGUGGAAUUGUUAGCUGGGUCCUUUUUGCUCUGGAGCAUGAGACAUCGUACUCUAGACUCUUUCCCGGCCCUGUGGGCCUCCAUCCCCUGUCCACGCUCGGAACUGCGCCUGGACCUGGUUCUGGCUUCCGGACAGUCCUUCCGGUGGAGGGAGCAAAACCCUGCGCACUGGACUGGCGUGCUGGGGAACCAAGUGUGGACACUGACCCAGACUGAGGAGCAGAUCUACUGUACUGUGUACCGAGGGGACAAGGGUUGGGUUGGCAGGCCCACACCAGAAGAGCUAAAGACUGUGCACCAGUACUUCCAGCUGGAUGUCAGCCUGGCUCAACUAUAUCACCACUGGAGUUCCGUGGACCCCCACUUUCAAGAGGUGGCUCACAAAUUCCAAGGUGUUCGACUUCUGCAACAGGACCCCGUCGAGUGCCUUUUCUCCUUCAUCUGUUCCUCCAACAACAACAUUGCUCGCAUAACUGGCAUGGUAGAACGCCUCUGCCAGGCUUUCGGACCUCAGCUCAUCCAGCUGGAUGAUGUCACCUACCAUGGCUUCCCCAGCCUGCAGGCCCUGGCUGGGCCAGAGGUAGAAGCUCAGCUCAGGAAGCUGGGCCUGGGGUAUCGUGCCCGCUACGUGAAUGCCAGUGCCCGAGCCAUCCUAGAAGAACAGGGCGGGUUGCCCUGGCUGCAGCAGCUGCACAAGGCCCCCUACGAGGAGGCCCACAAGGCCCUCUGCACCUUGCCUGGGGUGGGCACCAAGGUAGCUGACUGCAUCUGCUUGAUGGCCCUAGACAAGCCCCAGGCCGUGCCCGUGGAUAUCCACAUGUGGCAGAUUGCCCAGCGUGACUACAGCUGGCACCCCACCAUGUCCCAGGCCAAGGGUCCAAGCCCCCAGGCUAACAAGGAACUGGGAAACUUUUUCCGGAGCCUGUGGGGACCUUAUGCUGGCUGGGCCCAAGCAGUGCUGUUCAGUGCUGACCUGCGCCAACUCCACCGAGCUCAGGAGCCACCAGCAAAGCACAGGAGAUCUACAGGCCUUGAAGGCUAGGUGGGGGGCACUGGACAAAGGGAUACCCCAAAUACCUUUCCCCACCUCUCUUCCCCAUCCAGUCUCAUGUUGGGGAGAGGGCUUCUUGCAGCUACCUCAGGGGCCAGGUACCCUCACAUUAAGUAGUUUGCACAACAUUGUGGGGUGGAGGUUAUCUGGUGAGACAGAGCUACUAUGUUUUUAUCUCUUCCCUUUAUUACAAGAAAGAACAAUAAAAUAGAAACAUUUGUAUGGAAAAUGCAGUGGAAGAGUGAUAGGGAAAGGGGUGGGAAGGCAGUGAGGCUGGGUAACUCCAAUUCAGGGAGGGAAGGGGAGCAGGCUGCCCCAACCCCUCCCACACAAAGGAUCUGGACCCCGGAUCUGGGGCCCUAGAGCUGGGGGGGCAGAGUAGGGGACAUUUCUGAGCCCGGCUCCACACAGCCAUCUCGACAGCAGCAGCCAGACGCUGGCCCUACAUGGGGAGAGAGAACAAGAUUGGUCGUAGGAGCAGACCCUCCACUCCAGCCUGUAUGUCUCUUCCCACCCAUGCCCUUCCACAGAGCACUGGUCCUCACCCCCAGCUGCUGGUGUCAGCAGCUCCCCAUGGCUCGCCGUUGGUCCCUGCCCCUCCUGGCUGGUGCCCAGCUGUAGCUUUCUCAUAUGCCGCACCACGGCCGUGGCAUUGAAGGCUUGCUGUGGGGAGAAGGGGAAGAAGGGACUUUUGAGAGCUGGAGAUCAUGGGACAGGGUCUGGCAGUGAGAUUCAUACGGUGGUUUUGUCAUUUUCAUUCAGGUGUUAUUGGUUGAUCCCCUAAAACUCCCUGAAACCUCUACAAGGCUUUAUUAAAUUACAUUCAGCCACAUUAUGUAUUUACAGAUACAUGCAUAUAUAUAUGUGUGUGUGUGUGUGUGUGUGUGUAAUGUGUAUACAUGAACAAGUAUAUACAACCCUUUAUGUAUAAAUUCAUAUUCACAUCAUAGCAAGCACUUAAAAUAGCAGUAUGUGUCAGGCACUGUUCUAAGCACCUUAUUUGGCAAUUCAUUUAAUCUUCACAAAGGUCUUUGAGGUGGAUACUAUUAGCGUCACCAUUGCCAGAGGAGAAAACUGAGGCACAGACAGGUUAAAUAACUUACCCCAGUAUGUGUAUCAUUCUCUAUUUAACAUAUCUACGAAGGUGUCCCACACAUCCUUCAUAUUCACCAUGUCCAAAACCAUAGUCAUCCACCCCAAGACAGUUGUGUGCCCCUGGGAUCCCCAUCUCAGUAACAGUACCACCAUUCACCUUUUCCCCAACCAAAAUCUUGGGCCAGCCUUUGACAUCUCCUCUCUCUGCCAACAUCUCUUCUACCAUCACUUCUUGUCAGUUCUACCUCCUAAAGGACUCCUGAGCCAUCCACUGUUCUCUGGUCCAAGCCCUCACUGUCUCCUGCCCACAUCUCUGCCACAGCCUUCUAAGGGGUCUCCCAGCCUUGACUCCAUACCUCUCUCUGCAUCCUGAGAGCCCUUUCCAGAGGGCAGGUUACUGCUAAAAAUCCUGGGUCUCCUCAGUGUCCUCAGGAACAAGUUAGUUCUCCACUGUGGCACUCAAGGCCUCUACUUCCAUCUCCAGUCUGGGCUCUUGCCCCACAGCCCCUCCAUUCCAUCCAGACUUACUACUUGCACUUCCCUGAAUGGACAUACUCACUCUCUUGCCCCUGGACUUCUGCAUACUGGUCCUCUCUGCCUCAGACAUUGUUCUGUUGUACCUGGCUAAUUCCUACUCAGCUGUCAGGUCUGACAGGUCUAUCAGGCCAUCAUAUGUCCCUUCCAGGACCCCAUAGGUUGGAGUAGAUGUCUCUUUAAGAAUUAUAGUGUUCCAGGGUGGUGCAGUUGGUUAAGCAUCCAGUUCUUGAUUUCGGCUCAGGUCAAGAUCUCAUGGCUCAUGGGAUCUUGCCCCGAAUCAGUCUCCACACUGAGCAUGGAGGCUGCUUGGGAUUCUCUCUCCUCCCUCUCUCUGCCCUUCUCCCACUCGCAGUCUCUCUCUCUCUCUCUCUCUAAGUAAAUAAAUAAACAAACAAACAGUAAAAAAGAAUUAUACUGUUCUUGGCAGUCAGGGACUCACUGGGAUAGAGUGUCAGGGAGUGUUGAAUGAAUGAAUGAAUGAAUGAAUGAAGUUCUUGUAAGUGUCUCUGAGCAGUUACUGUGACAUGGUGCUAGAUGCUGUGUGAGCUGAGGCCUGGAGAGAGGUGGGGAGGACGUCUGGGGAGGCUGGGACCCAGGACUAGGGACAUGGGCUCACCUUCCACUUGCUCUUGGCAAAGUUCUUCUUGAUCUGUUCGCUCACCGACUGGUGAAUAUUCUUAUCUAGAGCCGUAUCUCCUGCAAUCCUAGGAUAGGGGUGUGUGGAGGGUUGUCUAUGAAGGCAAAGACAGGUUUGGGGGCCCCAGACCCCACCCCAGCCUGCAGCUCAUUGGAGCUCUCACCACGGGUGCUGCAAGGCCUGCUCACAGGUGAACCUCUUUUCUGGAUCCUUCUCCAUCAAGUGCCGGAUGAAGUCUUUGGCUGAAUCCCCAAGAAAACAGCAAAGAGAAAUAGCAUGAUGGUACCUGUGGAUACCCCUAACACAAAAC